AUGGAAUGGAACUUUAGAGGCUUAGUAUUGACGAUUUUGGUUCUUCUUGCACAUUUUGCAGCUUGUGCGUUUAUAAAAGCAGGUAUACUGGAAGGAGCAAUAUCUGGGGACUGGCCACAGUCAAAACGCAACCCUGAUGCGUACACUUAUACCUCUCACAAUUUGGGGCCAAAUAAUGAGGGCGAGGAUCACAAUGAGCUACAGUCCCCCGCUGGCUCCGAGAUACGCUCAAUCACAGUUUGUCGCGGGGAAAACACGUCCGUGGCAGCGUACCAAACCAAGGCUCCGGAAGCACGCUUUGCCACCCACGCAAUCAUUGUGAUACAUGGAAAGCGCCGAAAUGCAGACACCUAUUGGUCGACGUUUAAUAAGGUGCUGCAGAAGGCGAGGGAGGAUCAAAUACACGGCUCCGACAGAAAUGUUAUUGUCGUUGCACCCAAAUUCUUCUCGACAAAGUACAAUUCCGGACAAUAUACCCGAAACCAACUGGCCUGGGGCGAUGUGAACGCAUGGGAAGCUGGAUCUACCGCAACACACCCGGAUGGCACCAACUGCACAUCAAUUGACGCCCUUGAUGCAUUAGUUGCUGAAUUCUCCAGCAGAGAUAAGUAUCCAAGGGUGGAAAAUGUAACCAUUGUUGGCCAUGGCGGUGGUGGUCAGCUCGCUCAACGAUAUGCCAUGCUUGGUGCGUCACCACCAUCACAUGUACACGUUCGAUACAUUCACGGCGAUCCCUCAUCGUGUGCAUACUUUACGACUGAUCGGCCGACCUCGACCGAGGAAAAGCUGCCAACUGCGCGAAACUGUAAGCUUUACAAUGAUUGGCGAUAUGGCUUCCACAAAUUCCCAGGUACCUCUGACGGCGUCAUGGAUCCCAAGGAGUUCUUCAGACGAUACGUUACCAGGGACGUCAUUUCGAUUAUCGGGUACAGAGAUGUGACUAAACAGAAUGGAGAUCAAUUUUGCAUGGCUAGAAUACAAGGAGGGAGUAGACGACGCGAUCGCAACUUGACAUGGUAUCGAUAUGUCAACACAUUAGCAAGGACAAACGAGACACUGGAGGGAUUCCCGGGUAGAUUUGAGAAUCUCCCAGAUUGGAGCCACAUUUCCCAAGGGCGAACGAACAUGCGGCUCGGCAUUGUCGAAGACGCUUCCCAUGAUGUGAAGAAGGUUUUCGAGGGCAAGAUUGGACAGUCGGCGUUAUUCAACGAUGAUGAUAUAGAAGAAGGAUGGCGACCAAAGCAAUAG